UAACGGCGGAGAUGAAACAUGUUUUCGGAUGAUGUACAUUUAUUGAUCGAUUUCCCAAAUUAAAAACGACUUUAACCUUAGUUAGUUAAAGAAGAAACAAUCCAAGUCACUUCCACGAAAUUAGAGGGUAAUUCUUAUUUUGCACUCCAGCACUAAGAGCUGUAGAGACUUGUAUUUCAAAGCUUUACAUGGAUGGAUUUUCCUAAUUAUGACGCACAAGAAGGUCACACGUGCGCCAGCUAUACCAAGAUGGCGACGGGGGAGUCACAACAGAUUGUUGAAAAUGUCUUAAAACAAGCGGAACUUCAAGAGAAGCGAUUCAAAACGACUGAAGUGGUCAAAGCUCUUGACGUCGAUCUUGAUCUUGGUAAUCUCUUGGCUGUUGAUCCGAACCCUGUAAAUGUUCAGGAGUUCAGACAAAGCAGAGAUUCAUAUCUUGCAUCGCUAACAAGAGACAACACCCAACUCCUUUUUAACGAGAUAUGGAAGCUCCCUGUGGAGAGAAUAGAUGACGUAAUUGUUGCAAAGAUGCCGGACCCAACAACAAAUCUGCCAAGGGAAAAACAUGUACCCAAACCAAAGCCAUUGACCAGAUGGGAGCAGUAUUCCAAAGUGAAAGGAAUCAAAAAGAGAAAGAAGGGACGUAAAGUCUGGGAUGAGGAACAACAGAAAUGGGUGCCUCGCUGGGGUUACGGCAGCAAGAAUGACGAUAAGAAGGAUUGGGUGUUGGAGGUACCAGACAAUGCUGAUCCCUAUGAAGACCAGUUCGCUAAGAGGAAAAAGGAGAAACGAGAAAGGGUGGCCAAGAAUGACUAUCAACGACUGCGGAAUAUUGCCAGGGCACAGAAACUUAAAAUCCCUGGCCCCGGUGUGAAGCCCAAGGCUCUAUCCAACAAGGCAGAGGUCAACUUGGCCAUCCAUGCAGCUAAGCACUCCACUGCUUCCAUUGGGAAAUUUGAACAGAAAUUGCCAAAGGAACCGAUAACAAAGCAAAUGGGCAAGAAGCGAAAGUUUGAGCCCCUGUUUGGUGAUAUUGGGAGAGAACGCAACCGAGAAUUGGCAAUUCUGGACAGCAUGAAUAGAAAGAAGCCAAAACUUGAUGUGACUAAGGCUAUGAACAAAGAGAUAAAAGAAAGCCAGGCACCUCAACAAGCUGGCAAGGGGGAGAGGCGGAAGGGGAAAACGGGCAAGAAGACCAAAACCUCCAAGAAAGCUUUACCCAAGACCACCAAGAGGAAGAAAGGCGGCAACACCAAGAAAGCCAGGAGGCGUUAGGGGGACGCCAGCCUUGCGAUGGGGAGGAAGUCCAGUCUCUUACACAGCCCCAGCUCAGAGCAGUCAAACAUGUGACUGGUUCAGGAAAAACACUGGUAGUCACUGGGCCCAUGUUUGGUUGCAACCAUGCCUGAGACAUCCAUCGUUGAUACAGCACAGAUACUGGCCUUAAGCCUUGCUCUGUUACAGACUGUUGCAUUUACAUGCAAAAUUUACAAUGGUUUUUUUUUGUGGGGGGUGUAGCAAAGCAAGGAUUAUGUAUACUCGCUGACUGUUUAAGGGAAUUGGAAUCCUACACACUCAUUGCUUGGAGGAGGGUAGGUUCCAUGCAACCUAGCAGCUGUGUUCCUUAGGGUCAACAAGCCUCAUACCUGCCCUGGCUUGCACGUAUAUUGUGUGGAAUACCUAUAUGUGUACGAAUUUCACAAUAAAAUGCUCAAAUCCUCUUGUGGCCUUUGCAUAGGGGCUGUGCACACACCUUGACAGCCUAGACUAUCAGUCACCAGUGAGAGGGUGCUUGUGCAUGGAUGCCAUGGAUAGAGCAAAGUUUUGAAUCAUACCAGGAAGCCCCGUGGUAGCAGUGAAAGUCUUGUGUCAGUAGUAGGGCCCAGUUUCAUGGGAAUAAAUGCUUGGUAAGUGAAAAUGCUUUGCAAAAGUGGGAACCAGUCAGAUGAUUUUGCGGCUGGUCACGUAAAUUAUUUGCUCAGCAGCCCUGUGAAAUUUUGUGUACAAAAUAACUGGUCUUUGAAGGCUUUAUCUGCUUUGAAGGCUGUAACUGUUGGAGGUUGCCAUCACAAGAUCAGACAUAAGCCCUAUCGCAAGACCAGGCCUGAGCCCAGUUGCAAGUAAAAAGAUCAAUAGUGAAAAAGGAUUGCUUUUGUUGCGCUCCAUUUGAAUAGCUUGUGACUAUGGGUCUCGACUUGACACUGACACUGCCCGAGUUCUAAAAUCGAUCAGAAUGUGCACAAUUCUUCUUUCAUCUUUAACAAAUUAAUUUUUUUCUAAAAUGAGUGUAUAAAGGGAGCAAGGGAAAAGUCAAAUAGAUUAUUGCUUUCAUGUUGAUUUCA